AGUAGUUGUUAAAUUGAGUUAAUUGUCGGUUAUACAAAAAUAUUCGGAAAAGUUUAAGCAUUUAAAGAAAAUUCUAAAUAAAAAUCAUUUUUAAACAAAAUGUUUCGUAGUUCGCUUACUUUUGAUAAAUUAUUAGAUAAAGCAACGAGUCAUUUGCAUCUUGAACCUGAUUGGGUAGCAAUACUCCAAAUAUGUGAUUUAAUACGUCAAGGAGACGUGCAACCAAAAGCAGCACUCGCAGCUAUAAAAAAGAAAAUGACAAAUGCAAAUCCACAUGUAGCUUUAUUUGCUCUAUUGGUUCUAGAAUCUUGUGUCAAAAAUUGUGGUACAUUGAUACAUGAUGAAAUUGGUACCAAACAAUAUAUGGAACAACUUAAAGAGUUAGUAAAAACAACAACACAUGAAAAUGUUAAACUUAAAACUUUAGAAUUGAUUCAAGCUUGGGCUCAUGCAUUUCGUAAUAGUCCUAAAUAUAGAGCAGUGCAAGAUACACUUAAUAUAAUGAAAGCUGAAGGACAUAAAUUUCCUACUUUGAAAGAAAGUGAUGCUAUGUUUAUUGCUGAUACUGCUCCAGCAUGGGCAGAUGGAGAUGUGUGUCAUCGUUGUCGAGUAUCAUUCGGAAUGGUACAAAGAAAACAUCAUUGUAGAGCAUGUGGUCAAGUAUUUUGUAGUCAGUGUUCAAGUAAAGUAUCUACACUGCCUAAGUUUGGAAUUGAAAAGGAAGUUAGAGUUUGUGAAGCAUGUUAUGAACAACUUAAUAAACCAUCUACAGCUCAAAUUAAAGAAGCAGAUUUACCUGCUGAAUAUCUUAACAGUUCUUUAGCUCAACAACAGCAAGUACCUCCUAGAAAAACAGCAGCUGAGUUGCAAGAAGAAGAAGAACUUAAUCUUGCUAUAGCUUUAAGUCAAAGUGAAGCAGAACAUCAAGAGAAAGAAAAAAAAAGAGGAAAUCGUGCAGCAAAAAUAAAUCCUCCUAAUACACGUGUUGUGAGAACAUCUUCACCACCGCCAUCACCUCAAGAAGAAGCAGAAGUUGAUCCAGAACUUGCUAAGUAUUUGAAUCGUAAACGUUGGGAACUGAGACAAAGUGCACUUGAAGAGCAUAGUUCCAGAGCAGAUGUUACAAGUCCUUCAGCUCCUAAUAUAAGUAGUCCAAUGCCACAAAAAGUUAUAAUCACAAAACAACAGAAUGGAGAAGUUGAUAAUCAAAUGGAAGAAUUUGUUAAUGCUUUACGUUCUCAAGUUGAAAUUUUUGUUAAUAGAAUGAAAAGUAAUUCAUCAAGAGGAAGAUCAAUUGCUAAUGAUAGUUCAGUACAAACUUUGUUUUUAAAUAUUACUGCUAUGCAUUCCAGAUUAUUGAGAUACAUUCAAGAACAAGAUGAUAGUAGAGUAUAUUAUGAAGGUCUUCAGGAUAAAUUAACACAAAUGAAAGAUGCUAGAGCUGCUUUAGAUGCUUUACGAGAAGAACAUAGAGAAAAAUUACGAAGACAAGCAGAAGAAGCUGAAAGACAAAGACAAAUGUUGAUGGCUCAAAAAUUGGCAAUUAUGAGAAAGAAAAAACAAGAAUAUUUGCAAUAUCAACGUCAGCUUGCUUUACAAAAAAUUCAAGAACAAGAAAGAGAAAUGCAAAUGAGACAAGAACAACAAAAGCAACAAUAUAUAAUGGGUGGUUAUCAAGCAGUUUCUGGUUUUAUUGGACCAUCUCAAGGUUCACCUGUUCGUCACGUUCAGUAUCAAACACCAGGAACUAACUAUAAUCCUAUGUCGCCAACUAAUCAAGGAUUUAUAUAUGGGCAACCUUCUAUGAAACAAUAUCCCAUGCAAAGUUAUAAUAUACCACCAAUGAAUUCUAUGCCACCUCAUGUAAUGGGACCAAUAACAAAUCAAGAACAACCAACUGAUCCUGUCCAGGGACAUGAGGCGAUGGGUCGAGUUUCUGUUUCUGGACCAGGAAUGAUGUCUCAAAUUACAAAUCCCAUACCGCAACUUCAGCAAACAGGUGGACAUCAAAUGGGACCUCCAUCGCAACAAGGUCCUCCACCAAGUCAUAUGACACAAACACAAUCAACAGCAGUGCAUAUGCCGCCACAUCAGGGUCCACAAAUUACACAGCCAGGACCACCAAAUCAAAUUCCUCAUACUAUACCUCAGGUACCACAAAGUCAUAUGGGUCCAUCACCUGCACAAAUGGGACCUGGAGCACACGGCCCUCCAGGACAAGUUGUAGGUCUGCAAAUGGGACCUCAACAAUCAUCUUCAAUGCCAGGUCCUCAAGGAUCUUCGAUGCAACCUCAUGUUUCAAAUACACCUAUUUCAUCCCAAGGAUCAGCAACAAUUCAAAUACCAUCUGGAACUACAACUGGAUCGAUUUUAACAUCGAAUCCACCAAUACAAGGUUCUCAGACACCUGGUGUACCAACUAUGCAAGGUAUAACUCAAGUUCCAGUAUCUCAAGGACAACAAUUACAAUAUCAACCACCAACUUCUCUACCAGCUGCAUCAAAUGAAUCUUCCCAAGUAAAAGAGGAUUCGAAACCGGAAACAGCAGAAUUAAUUUCUUUUGAUUGAAUGAAUAACUUGUGCAUACAAGUUAACUUAUAAUAAGAAAUGCAUUUAAGGUAAUCAUUUUGCAUACCAAUUUUAAUCUUAAUUUGGCAUUAAUUGUCUCAAUUUGAUGAUAAAAUUUUUCAAAUGUUGUUUAUAGAAUUAAAAAAAAUAUAAAUUUUAAAAUCACUAUUGAGAAAUCUAAAAUAGUGAUUUUCUGGAUUGCGUAAUAUUUUUAAUGAAUAAUAUUUUACAGUAUACGGAAUGAUAUUUACGAAAAUAAGAAAAUAUUUAUUUCAUUAUUGGUGUUUAUUUUAUG